GUAUAAUUAUGCCAUGUCUUUAUAAGGAUAAGAUCCCAAAGCAUUUUCCCUGCACCUGCUAUAAUUGAUUUUGUUAUCUCAAAGAUUACACUGUUUAUAGUUUGAUUACCUGCGCAACAAAAUGACACUCUUCGGUAAGAUGGAGGCUGAAGUAGAGGUCAAAGUUUCUGCUGAAACAUUGCAUGAUAUCUUCAGCUGCAGACCACACCACAUUUCCAAUAUGAGCCCUGCCAAGAUACAGAAUGUUGAUCUGCAUGAAGGUGAAUGGGGGAAGCCGGGCGCUGCUAUCUGCUGGAGUUAUGUUCAUGGUAAGGCUGUGUCGGUUGCUAAGACUGCCAAGGAGGUUAUUGAAGCUAUAGACGAUGAGAAGCUGUCAACCACCUUCAAAGUGAUUGAAGGAGACAUUAUCACCACGGAGUACAAGAGUUUCAUAGCUAUCGUUCUGGCUGCUCCCAAGGGAGAGGGCAGCUGCUUGGCUCACUUUACUUUUGAAUAUGAGAAGCUAAAUGAGAACGUUCCAGAUCCUCAAACGCUGCUUCAGUUUUGGAUCCAUUGCCUCAAAGACAUUGAGGAUCAUCACCUUACCCAGCUACCAACAGCACAGGCACGAAUGAUCGGUUAGUAUCAUAUGCGUGCAUGCUGCUGCUGUCGUCUCGAAUUUAAAAUGACUACCGGCAUGAAUGAAUAAUGAGAAGCGGUGUGCUGGGGACAGGCGCCUGUUCUCCUAUGUUAAUGUAUUUUAAUUUAUCAAUAUUCAAUAAACUUGUGUGGGGUCUACUGAAACUCUGCCUUGAUGUGUGAUAUGAUGUACAAAGGGCUUUGUGUGAAGUUAAUGAAUGCCUUGAUGUGUGAUUCGAGAUGUUGAAAA